CUACACACUGUGAGUCACUAAUAUCUGCAGUUCACUCAACCUGUUUACGCGAGAUGAACAUUAUUGCACCGGUCAGCUACGCUCAGUCGUCAGGAAGUAGCUGAUCAGCUAACUCGUGUUUGCAACAGCUGACGUGAGGAAACCAUGCGUGUUUUGAUACUUAUCGCCCUUGUCGCGCUGGCUUGCGCGGUCAGUUCGUCUCCCAUCGACCGCAAGCGACAGCUCAUCAAUCGACCCCCAAAAGACUUGAUGCUCCUCAGGACUAUCAGAUCGGAAGACCACGUCAAAGGUUACCGGCGGCGUUUUCAAGUUAAAGGUGGAACCCAGAAACCGGAGCUGAGCCUCCGUAAAGGCGAGUACAUGUGCGGGGACAGAGUGUGCAGGCUGGGCCCGGGCGAGAUGCCCCCCGGCUGCAACGGCGUCUGCCAAUACCCCAUUAUGGCCCAACUGCCUGACUUCAAUACACGAGUGUGAUACUUAAA